AGGUCGAAAACCCUGCUGCGGCCUUCCAGGUCCUGCCCAAGGAUGCUCUCGCCGAGCAGGGCAGCGUGAAGCUGUUCAACAAGUGGAGCUACGAGGAUGUUGAGAUCCGGGACAUCUCCUUGACGUAGGUGCCUCCCAAAAUCCUUCGCGAUUGUUAUCAUGCCACGGAAAGAAGGAAAAGGGAUUUGAAAUGCAUGGAAUUCGAUGGGAAUACAAGGGGAAGAAAAUCUUGAGACACCAUCCUAUUUUUGUGCCCGGAUGGGAGGAACGCUCGAUUCGAAUCAAGGGCCAACACGACGUGGAAAGAUUAGCGCCAGAAAAAAAAAAAGAAAAGCACACGAGUCUUGUUGUCUAGGAUGGGAAAUGGCAGCAAGAGAAAUGCAGCGCAAACUCACAGAAAUGAGACAUGCUGACUUUCGAAUUUCACGCAACUAGCGACUACAUCCAGAUCCGCUCCCCUGUCUACCUUCCUCACUCCGCUGGUCGCUAUGCCGCCAAGCGUUUCCGCAAGGCUCAGUGCCCCAUCAUCGAGCGCCUGACCAACUCCCUCAUGAUGAACGGCCGCAACAACGGAAAGAAGCUCAUGGCUGUCCGCAUCGUUGCUCACGCUUUCGAGAUCAUCCACAUCAUGACCGACCAGAACCCUCUCCAGGUUGCCGUUGAUGCCAUCGUCAACUGCGGUCCCCGCGAAGACAGCACCCGUAUCGGUUCCGCCGGUACCGUCCGUCGCCAGGCCGUCGAUGUCUCUCCCCUCCGCCGUGUCAACCAGUCCAUCGCUCUCCUGACCAUCGGUGCUCGUGAGGCCUCCUUCCGCAACAUCAAGAGCAUUGCCGAGUGCUUGGCUGAGGAGCUCAUCAACGCCGCCAAGGGCAGCUCCAACUCCUACGCCAUCAAGAAGAAGGACGAGCUCGAGCGUGUUGCCAAGAGCAACCGGUAAAGUGGGAAGUUUGGGCGUAUUCUCCGUUUGGUUCUGGUUAUGCGUGUACUGGAGUGGACGGGGGGUUUAUUAGGAUUCAGUCGAUUUGCAUGCAUCUGCGCGACUGUACAUACCUGAAGACAG